AUGCCACAAACAAAUCACACAAAGCUCAUUAUCCUGGGGGGAGGCGCUGCAGGAAUCCUGAUUGCCAUGCAACUUGCGAAGACGAAAUAUCUCGAGAUUACAUUAAUUGAUAACAAAUCCUUUUAUGAAUAUACUCCAGCGCUCUGUUCCGUCUUGUUUGAGGCUUCAGACAAGGCAUUUGAGCAGCAUUUCAAUAGCAUCACUUUUGAAUAUGCGCCCUAUCUCGCGAACCUCAAUGUCAAAUUCAUUCUCGGAAAAAUUGCAUCAAUCAAGGAUGGAAAAGUUCAUUUGGUCGAUCAAUCGCAAGCAAUCGACUACGACUAUGCUGUCAUAUGUACAGGAUCAAGCUACGCCGAUCCAUGGAAAACUGCUGCACCAGAUGAUGGCAGUAUUUUGGACCUAACAACUCGAUUCAAUUUCUUACGUCAACAGAGACAAAAGUACCAAGCAUCGCAAGACAUUUUAUGCAUUGGUGGUGGCCCAGUGGGCGUCGAAACUGCUACGGAAAUAGCGUGUAGAUCGCCUACAAAGAGAAUUACACUUGUCGAUGCGAAUGAGAAUGUGCUUGCAAGCGCUCCCUCUAAUAUCGGUCGAUAUGCUCAAACCAUUAUCGAUGCCAAACCCUCCAUCCGAAGUAUUCACAAGGAGAAGGCGACUGAAAAGGAGAAGAGAGGCAACAAGUCAAUCUUUGAAACAGAUAAAUCACAUACAAUCAUCGAAGCAGAUCUCGUAUAUAACUGCAUCGGUGUCACUCCUAAUUCUGGAUUUCUCGAUAAAGAAUGGCUGGACGACAAGAAGCAAGUUGUGGUGGAUGAUACACUCAAGGUGCGCGGCACUACCAACAUUUUUGCUGUGGGCGAUGUCAAUUCCAUGCAAGAGCCUAAAAUGUUCUACACUGCACACAUGCAAGCUGUCCAUUUUGUAAAAAAUAUGCGUCGUAUUCUGAAGAACGUAUCUCGAGAUGAGUUGUUAGUUCCAUAUCAAGGCGCCAAGAUUAAUAUGGUGGUCUCUAUGGGUCCUUCGUACGCUGUAGGACAUGUAUCUGGCAUAAACCUUACAGGCUGGCCUCUUGGCACCAAGAAUGGUAGUCGAAUUGCUGCAGUGACCAAAUACUUUAUUGAACGUAUAACGAUGAAUGAUCUUGGAUUGAAGAUUCCAGUCAAUAAUUUGUUAUAUUAUACUCAAGAAAAGGGAUAUGGCGGUCUUCAUCCACACUCAUCAUAA